AUGGCUGCAGUCUCGUCUCUGUGGGGAUACUUGUUCUCAUCUGUCGCUGGUGGAGCUCUGGCAGACAGAUACGGCGGGAAGAGAGUGAUGGUGGGGGUGGCUCUCUGGUCCCUUGCCACUUUCCUCACUCCAUGGGCUGCUGACCACUCCACCGCGAUGCUUCUGGCAGUCCGUGCUCUGUUUGGCCUUGCUGAAGGUGUUGCCUUGCCUUCCAUGAACACACUCUUAUCCCGUUGGUUUCCUUGCCAUGAACGAGCAAGCGCGGUGGGCCUAUCAAUGGCUGGGUUUCACCUAGGAAAUGUUAUAAGUUUCUUGGCAACACCUGUCAUAAUGUCAAGCAUUGGACUUGCUGGGGCAUUUUCUCUGUUUGCGUCACUUGGGUUUAUGUGGCUAUCUCUCUGGGUAAAUGGGGUCACAAAUGAUCCUGGAGACAGUCCUCUGAUCAGCACUUAUGAGUUGCAAUUGAUCCGAGCUGGGAAGACAGAUGUCUCUUCUUCCAGCGGCUCCAAAUUUCCACCUCUUCGCCAUUUGCUGUCCAAGCUGCCUACAUGGGCUAUCAUCUUUGCCAAUGUUACCAACAACUGGGGCUACUUUGUGCUUCUUUCAUGGAUGCCUGUGUACUUCAAGACUGUAUAUAAUGUGAAUCUUAAACAAGCCGCAUGGUUUAGUGCUGUGCCUUGGGGUAUGAUGGCCAUAUCAGGUUACAUAGCUGGAGCCGCCUCUGAUUCUCUAAUUGCUUCUGGUCAUCCUGUAACUAGAGUUCGCAAAAUCAUGCAGUCAAUUGGUUUCAUUGGGCCCGCACUGGCAUUGUUGUGCUUGAAAUACGCUCAAACUCCCAAUGCAGCAGCGUUUUUAAUGACUGUUGCGUUGAGCUUCAGCUCUUUCAGCCAGGCUGGCUUCCUGCUCAACAUGCAGGAUAUUGCACCGCGGUAUGCAGGAUUCCUUCAUGGGAUUACAAACUCUGUUGGUACACUUGCUGCAAUAAUCAGCACCAUAGGAACCGGCUACUUCGUGCAGUGGUUGGGCUCCUUUCAGGCCUUCCUGACACUCACCUCAGCCCUCUACUUCAUCACCACCAUCUUCUGGAAUCUCUUUGCCACCGGGGAGCAAGUAUUAUAA